UAUUGAGAGUCACUUGGAGCUUUUAUGAACGAGAACUGAGAAUGGUUUAUAAAGAAUAUGGAGCUGAGUUGGGUAUAUGGAAUGUGACCUGACUAAAUGGUACAGAGUGCUUGAAAGACUGAAUGGUAUUUUGCUGUUCCAGCAUAUGGAAUUGUGGUUUGAAGGGUCCAAUGGUUCCACCUAUGAAGAGUGGAUUAAGAAGAACAAAAGAAUCUUGCCUGGCUUCCAAUUUAUUGAAUUCGGCUCCAGACAUUUUGGGUGAUGAGAUUACUUUGUUAGAAUCAAAAUGCUUCUCACCGAAAGAAAAUACGGCUGGUUUACCAAACCCCAGCAAGUGCCCUGCCGCACUCAAAAGAUUUCAUCCUCAGACCCAUGUUGUUUGGAAGGGAUUUAUCCAGGUGUUAAACAUGAAACGGUUCUUGGUGAAAGCAUAUCCUGUGCUUGGUCGCACGGAUCAUCUCACAGAGGCUUUAUCCACUACCAUCACUGUUGGAAAGUGUGUUCUGCCUGAACCAAUUUGGGAUUCUGUAAACAGGUUGUGCUGUUCUGGGAGAAAGGAAAUAUGCAUUGUACGUUUCAAACCUGCUACGAGUGGAGAUGUUUGCCCUUACACCUUGUACUACUCGUAUUUAAAUAGCCGGCAGAGGUAUGGUGCUGUGGUACUUGAGCAGAAGUCACUUAAGAGCAUAUAUCUCAUACCUCUUCCUGCGUUACAGAAAAUUCCAUCCAGAUUGCCACCUCUCAGUGGUCCAGGUUUGGAAUCAUCACACUCCGAUCUGUUGCUGGCAUUAACAUUCCCUAAGAAGCAAUAUUCAUCAACUACCUUCAGGAAGCCUUAUGAAUGUAGAAGUAGUACUGAUAGGUACCUUCAGGAAAACAAAUAUAGACAAAAAUGCACUGAAAACAUCAACAAAGAGCACCUUUCUGACCACCCUUCAGCUAAAUGGGGAGCCCAAACAAGCACCCUGCCAAUGUUACCCAUCUUGCCCUUCACCCAACCAAGGGUGUGUAAAGACAAGCCAUCAGAUUUGCUGUCUGGGAACCUGUUGUCCAGUGAAGAACAAUCCUCUUCUACUGACUUAGCAAAUAACUUUGCUGUUGAGAUAUUUCAGUCCUCCUACGGUCAAGAUCAGGUGUCACAUGGGAUAGAAAACAUGUUUGGAGCUUCUGCUUUUCUGGGUGAAUGGGCGAAUGAUGGACAAAGUGAGGACAUUGUCACAAAUGAACAAGACAAUCAUUGGAAUGAUGCAGGGAAGGAAAGUGAGAGCAUGACAAAAACUAAAAUGUUCAACAUUGAAACAAACCUGUUAGCUCAUUUUAAGCCAGCAGACAUCUUAACCGAAAACUUUCUACUCAGUGAGACCCGAUUGAAUUCAGCACUUCUACAAGAAGUAGAGCCAAAGAUAGAAGGGAAUGAACCAACAAAUGAACAAGAGGCUGAUGGAGCUGUGAGUGCCCAGUACACACAAGAUAUGCAAACCUAUAUUAAAGAACUGGAUAAAUUAUUCACUAAUGUUCCAGUGAGCACCUUUUCACAACAUGAAGAUUGUAACCAUCUGCGCUCCACAAUCUCUUGCUGCGCUGAAGUUUUGAACCAUCUUCUAUCUGCUGGUGACAACAGUCGAGUCACUGAGCUUCAGAUCCAAAUGGAUCCAUAUGGAAAUCGAUGUAACGCCACAGCAAGUCGGGAAAGUUCUGAACAUAUUCCUCAAUCUGAUGAUCCACUUCCAUUGCACUCAGCUCAGACACCCAAUAACUUUCAACAUUUUGGCCACAGUGGAAUCAUGACUCUAGAGCCUAGUGUUCACUUUCCUGAUUUGCUAGCUAAUGAAGUGACAAUGGAACAAGUAGAGGCUCCAUUUCAAAAUGGAUCAACUUUAUCCCUUCAGGUUUAAUUCUUCUCAUGAUCAAACAGGAAUAGAUGCAAAGUCACACCAACCUCCAAGGCAACAUUUGUUCUCUCCCUAUUGUCUCAUAAUGCAUCGCCAUUAUACAGAUAUACAUGUGGACAUGCAUAAGAUCCAACAGUGCUCUCAGGAGUUCUGAAAUGCUGCAGUGAUUGAGUCUCAUAACGCCCAAGAGUGCACUUUAGCAGACAGAAUCUUGAAAAAUGCGAUCGUAAAGCCAUUGGAUGGGUCAACUGAAUAGAUUUGGUAAAAAUCUUUUAGUGAAUGAAAGGGGAACAUAAUAUUGAAAGAAUAGGAUACAAAAUGCACAGCAGAAUCAUGUGUUAAAUGGGAUUGCAAUAAUACGAGGUAGGCAACAGAAAUCACUGGCUAAAAGCUUUAUGGCAAGCCAUUUUCAGUAAUACUGAUGUACUGAGCUGGUCUGUCUCUGUUGCAAUGGCAGAUUUUAGUAGCUAAACCAUGUCUCUUGAAAAUGUUCCAUUUCAAGACCUGGUAUUAUCAUUAAACUCAAAUUUGAUCUUAGAAAGAGAGAUUCUCAACAGAAUAAGAGAGUUUCAUUGGCAGGACUGCCAAGAAAAAGAAGCCAUGAGAUUUAAAUAAUAAUUAGGGGAGAUUUGAUGGUAGUGCUAGCUCCUUAAUAGUUAAGCUUGUCUAGUGUUUUCAGAUUUCUUUUUGUUUAAAAGGCAAUGUUAUUUUGAAGCUUGCCUGACUAGUGUAAAUUAUGUCAAAGGAGAUUGAGACAGUUGAAAGCAUAUAUUUGGUAAAAUUUCAGUUUUUGGUACACUGCAGGUGUGUCAAAUCCUUCUGGGAAUAAAGAAAGAAAGAAAAGUAAGUGGAGGGAAGGUGUGAGAAUGCUUCUAGCUGGUGUAGAGGCUUAAAUUCAAAAUCCAGAUACAUCACAGAUGUUG